CCCUCCACAUCUGGCGGGGAGCGCUGUUGCAAAAUCCUCAACAGCCCACUUUAGCCGGCCUCAGGGCGUCCAGAGCCGGUGAUGUGAAUUUCUAGUUUCUUCUCCAUCGACCAACUGAGAAACUGUCCUAAAUUCGACCUCCCCUGUCAUCUUUCCACACUGGGAGUUUCAAGUGCGUUCUGAACUUCAGACUCAGAAGCUGUUCCGGGUCUUUCUUUUGCUUUCGCCAGCACCCAAGAGGCCGGCGUAGAUUACGUAGGCUCCAGCGGCGCAUCGUUAACAAUCCAAAAGCGCUUCGUUUUUAGCUUCAGAAACUUUGUCCCCAGGGUCUGGCGGCGGUGGCGGUGGCUGCAGAGCUCCUCGGGUCCAGAGCAGGAAGACCCGAGCGGACCGGACGUGUCCUGGGUGCUCUCGCGGAGCUCAGAGCUCCUGCAUCCCGGAGUUCCUGCAUCCCGGAGUUCCUGAACUGGUCCCCUGACCCUGUCGCUUGAACUUGGAGCAAGACCUCCGUCACUCCGCCGCACCUCCCAGCCGCAGAUCGCCACCCGCCCGCUGCCAGCAGGAAGAGAAGAGUAUCAGAGAGAUGGUGUGGCUCUGGCUGGGGCUCAUCGGGCAGAAACUGUUGCUCUGGGGCGCGGCGAGCGCGGUCUCGGUGGCCGGCGCCACUCUCCUGCUCAACAUCCUGCAGAUGGUGGCGAGCUACGCGCGGAAAUGGCAGCAGAUGCGGCCUAUCCCAUCGGUGGUCCGCGCCUACCCCUUGGUGGGACACGCGCUGUCGAUGAAACCCAACAGCACAGACUUUUUCCAGCAGUUAAUUGAGUACACAGAAGAAUUUCGACCCCUACCAAUCAUUAAACUUUGGAUUGGACCAGUGCCCCUGGUAGCCCUUUAUAAGGCAGAGAACGUGGAGGUAAUUUUGACCAGUUCGAAGCAAAUUGAUAAAUCAUAUAUGUACAAAUUCUUACAGCCAUGGCUGGGACUAGGACUUCUCACAAGUACUGGAAACAAGUGGCGCUCCAGGAGGAAAAUGUUAACGCCCACGUUCCAUUUUACAAUUCUGGAGGAUUUCUUAGAUGUCAUGAACGAACAAGCCAAUAUAUUGGUUGAUAAGCUUGAAAACCAUGUCAACCAAGGAGCCUUUAACUGCUUUUUUCACAUCACUCUUUGUGCUUUGGAUAUAAUCUGUGAAACAGCCAUGGGGAAGAACAUUGGAGCGCAAAGUAACGAUGAUUCUGAGUAUGUCCAUACAGUGUAUAGGAUGAGUGAGAUGAUAUAUCGUAGAAUCAAGAUGCCCUGGUUUUGGUUUGACCUUUGGUACCUUAUGUUUAAAGAAGGACGGGAACACAGAAGGGGACUUAAGAUCCUACAUACUUUCACCAACAAUGUCAUCGCUGAACGGAUCAAUGACAUGAAGGCGGAGGAAGACUAUAGGAGUGCUGGCAGGGUUUCUGAGCCCCCCAAGAGUAAGCGCAAGGCCUUUCUUGACUUGCUUUUGAGUGUGACUGAUGAGGAUGGCAACAGGUUAAGCCACGAAGACAUCCGCGAGGAAGUCGACACCUUCAUGUUUGAGGGUCAUGAUACAACAGCAGCUGCAAUAAACUGGUCCUUAUACCUAUUGGGAUCUUACCCAGAAGUCCAGAGAAAAGUGGACAAGGAACUGGAUGAUGUGUUUGGACAGUCUCUGCGCCCCGUCACCUUGGAAGACCUGAAGAAGCUUAAAUAUCUGGACUGUGUCAUUAAGGAGACUCUCCGAAUUUUCCCCUCUGUCCCUUUAUUUGCCCGGAGUCUUAAUGAAGACUGUGAAGUCGCUGGUUACAAAAUUGCAAAAGGCACGGAAGCGGUCAUCAUUCCUUAUGCAUUGCACCGGGACCCCAAACACUUCCCAGAUCCUGAGGAGUUCCGGCCAGAGCGGUUCUUCCCGGAGAAUUCCCAAGGACGCCAUCCCUAUGCCUACGUGCCCUUUUCCGCGGGACCUAGAAACUGUAUCGGUCAAAAGUUUGCUGUGAUGGAGGAAAAGACGGUUCUUGCCUGUAUCCUGAGGCGGUUCUGGGUAGAAUCUAACCAGAAGAGAGAAGAACUUGGCCUGUCUGGAGAUUUGAUUCUUAGGCCAAAUAAUGGCAUCUGGAUCAAGCUGAAGAGGAGACAUGAAGAACUCUAACUUUGUCCUUGAACUAUGACCUUAUUAUGAUGAAGAUCAUUCCAUCAGAAACAUGGUAUUUGCAAUUUUUAGAUUGUGAAUCAAAAACUCUGAAUCCUUGGACAUAAUGUUUUUUUCUUGUCCCCACUGAUUUUGGGAUCCAGUCCAUCUCAGAGAGUUUUUGUGUGUUUAUCACCAACAUAGAUGCCAUGCCACACCAGCUCCUGGUCUCAAAGGUACUGUUAGCUGAGUUGGCACCAGAAAUAAACAUAUAAUAAAAAUUAUAACAGAAGGAACCAUCAGCCUGUUCAAUUUCAUUUGUUAAAGUCAAAAGACAUCAUUUCAAUGAGAUUUCAGAAUUAAGAAAAUAUUCUUGUUGACUUUGAAAUUCAUAUGGUAUCAUUGAAAAUGGUAGGCAAUCAAGCUCUUCAGCAUCAUGGGCUUAAGAUUUUAAAGCCAGUGUCAAUAGUUCCGAGAUAAGCAGUUGUCAGCUCUCUUUCAGAUUUUACCCUGAAAAGCAUGCCGGACUCAAGUGCCAGGCACCUUGGUGACUGUACGCAAGGGUCUUCUUUCUAUUUUUGGUGGAGUCACAAUCACCUUGUACGUCAUGUCAUUGGAAAAGAUUCCUCUCGGCAACUUCCAACCUCUCACUUUCUCUUACAAUAUACUUCGGCUUUAUGGAACUCAGGACCAUGAUUAAAUGGAUUAGAACUCAGGAUAUCUGCCUUCAGUGUCUUUUUUUGUAAUUCCUCUACUUUUAGAGGAAGAAAAAAAAACUGUUCUUUCAUAUUUAGUUACGCUGUAAUAACACUUGGUUCAGGAUUAGACAUCUAAUUAACUUAGCCCCUUGCCAAGCUGAAAAUUGAAUCACAUUCCUUGGACUUUAAUUUUUGUAUAUAAUACUACUAUUUCUCACACAAUGACUUUUAGAAACUUCUUUUUAAUAAAUAAUUCUUAACAGGA